CACUCGGCUGUCUCAACACCACAACCGCGCGCCGCGCCACCACACCCGCAGAUCCCCGCCGUCGUAAAUCUACCUACGUGCUUUGAUUGGAGGGUUGCGGUGCCGGGGAGGAAGAUGACGGUGGGAGCCGGGAUCGCGGUCCAGGAAGACGGCAGCCUGGCGGCGCUGGGGGCCACGGUCCUGACGGAGGUGCGCGACAAUGUGCUCGUCACGCCGGCCGCCGGGGGCGGCAUGCUGAACGGCGCGUUCCUCGGCGUCCGGUCGGCCCCCGCCGGCAGCCGCAGCGUCUUCCCCGUCGGGAAGCUCAGGGACCUGCGAUUCAUGUGCACGUUCAGGUUCAAGAUGUGGUGGAUGACACAGAGGAUGGGCUCGUCGGGCCGCGACAUCCCCGUCGAGACGCAGUUCUUGAUCGUCGAGGCCGCCGACUGCGCCGGGGACGAGCAAUCUGCGGUGUACACCGUCUUCCUCCCGAUCCUGGAGGGCUCAUUCCGAGCUGUACUACAGGGGAACGAAAAUGAUGAGCUGGAAAUUUGCUUGGAGAGUGGUGAUCCAGCUGUAGAAUCAUUUGAAGGCACCCAUCUAGUUUUCGUUGGUGCGGGAUCGGAUCCGUUUGAGGUCAUCACUAAUGCUGUCAAAGCAGUUGAGAGGCACCUGCAGACAUUCUCUCACAGGGAAAAAAAGAAGAUGCCAGACAUGCUAAACUGGUUUGGCUGGUGCACAUGGGAUGCAUUUUACACUGAUGUUACUGCUGAAGGAGUGAAGGAAGGACUACAGAGUUUUGAAAAAGGUGGAACAGCUCCAAAGUUUGUCAUAAUCGAUGAUGGGUGGCAAUCGGUCAGUAUGGACCCUGCUGGAAGUGCAUUCGUAUCUGAUAAUGCAGCCAACUUCGCAAACAGAUUAUAUGAUAUCAAGGAGAACCACAAAUUUCAGAAAAAUGGGAGGAAGGGUCACAGGGAAGAAGAUCCAGCAAAUGGCCUCGCGCAUAUUGUCAGUGAAAUUAAGGGGAAACAUGAGCUAAAGUACGUCUAUGUAUGGCAUGCGAUUACCGGGUAUUGGGGUGGCGUAAGGCCCGGUGCUGACGGGAUGGAGCAUUACCAAUCCAAGAUGCAGUACCCUGUGUCGUCACCAGGAGUCCAGAAGAACGAACCCUGUGAGGCCUUCAACAGCAUAGCAGAUAACGGCCUUGGCCUUGUGGACCCUGACAAAGUAUUCAGCUUCUACAAUGAGCUCCAUUCAUAUCUUGCAUCUGCCGGGGUCGACGGCGUGAAAGUAGACGUGCAGAACAUUCUCGAGGCGCUAGGCGGUGGUCAUGGUGGGAGAGUGCUUCUGUCUAGGAAGUACCAGCAGGCUCUAGAAGCUUCCAUCGCUCGGAAUUUCCGCGACAACGGCAUAAUAUGUUGCAUGAGCCACAACACUGACAACUUAUACAGUUCAAAAAGAAAUGCGGUUGUAAGAGCCUCUGAUGAUUUCUGGCCUAGAGACCCAGCUUCGCAUACCAUACACAUCGCAUCCGUCGCUUACAAUACCGUUUUCCUUGGAGAGUUCAUGCAGCCGGACUGGGACAUGUUCCAUAGCGUCCACCCGAUGGCCGAAUACCACGCCGCGGCGCGGGCAGUCGGCGGUUGCGCUAUAUACGUGAGUGACAAACCAGGAAACCAUGACUUCGAUCUGCUGAGGAAGCUUGUGCUUCCUGACGGAUCGAUCCUGCGGGCCAAACUGCCCGGGAGACCGACCGGGGACUGCCUCUUCUCUGAUCCUGCAAGGGACGGCAAAAGCAUUCUCAAGAUCUGGAACCUGAACGCGCACUCCGGCGUCAUCGGCGCCUUCAACUGCCAGGGCGCGGGCUGGUGCCGAGAAGGGAAGAAGAACCUCAUCCACGAUGUGCAGCCCGGGACCAUCACCGGGGCCGUCCGGGGACGGGACGUGAGCCGCCUUCAGGAGGUCGCCGGCGAUGGCUGGAACGGCGACGUGGUCGUGUACUCGCACGUCGCAGGAGAUGUGACCGUCCUGCCCAAGGACGCGGCGCUGCCGGUGACGCUGAAGCCGCGAGAGUACGAGGUGUUCACCGUGGUGCCGCUGAAGCGGCUGCCGAACGGCGCCUCCUUCGCGCCGAUCGGCCUGAUCGGGAUGUUCAACUCCGGCGGGGCGGUGACGGAGGUGAGGUGCGCCGGCGGCGCCGGCGUGGAGGUGAAGGUGCGGGGCGCGGGCACGGUUGGAGCCUACUCCUCGGCGAGGCCGAAGCGCGUGGCCGUGGAUUCGGAGGCGGUUGGUUUCUCCUACGACGACGGCUCCGGCCUGGCCAUGUUCCAGGUCGGCGUGCCGGAGCGGGAGCUCUACUCGUGGACGGUCUCGAUAGAGUGCUGAGACGAGAUCGUCUGGUCGGGUGACAGUAAGACGAGGGCACCGAAGCCGCGCCUGGGGAAGCUGUGAUAUCUUUGUUCUUGCAGACGUUGCCGCUAGUUCGUGUUGCCUGUGAUUUAUUAUUUGCGCUGCGAGUACAUGGUGCUUGACUUGUAUUCCCUGAUGGAAACUAAAAAUUGUAUUGUGAUUUCUGAACACCAACCAUUUUAGUGCAGACAGUUUUUCCUUUUUUUCUCUUA